UGUGGGAGCCCGGCUCGGGAGCGCGCGGGACUGGGCGUGUGGCGCGCGCGCGCCCCGGGCUCACUCGCCCUUGUCCCUGCCGUGCGCGCGCUGCCUGGGCGGAGAGGCCAUGGGGAUGAGCCAGGAGUGCCCGAGGUUUUUUAACCUAACCUAACUGUCCAGAGGACGUUUCCAUGCUGAUGACAGGUUCUGCUCGAUAAUGAUCCAAAGUGGUGCGGACCGACGCACGUUCAUUUUCAUCAUCUGAGGCAGAUGCCACCAACAAAAGGAUGCGCAUGGAGACUGCAUGUUAACACAAUUCACUCUUUGGCUUCAAGAAGAGAAAAACACUGAGACGAAACCAAAGAUCUUUUGCAUAUUUGAUUCUUCACAGCGUUUGGACUUGUGAAACAGUGCUGCAAUGUGGUGGUUUCAGCAAGGCCUCUGUUUCUUGCCUUCGGCUUUGGUUGUUUGGUCAGCCGCUUCUUUCAUAUUUUCAUAUAUUACUGCAGUCCUUCUACAUCAUAUCGACCCUUUGGUGCCCUACAUCAGUGACACAGGGACAAUACCUCCUGAAAGAUGCUUAUUUGGGAUUAUGUUAAAUAUUUCCACUUUCUUAGGUAUUGCUACUGUGUAUGUUCGCUAUAAACAAGUUUAUGCUCUGAGUCCAGGAGAACCCAAGAUCGUCAGAUUAAAUAAGGCUGGCUUUACACUUGGAAUAAUAAGCUGCUUUGGACUUUGCAUUAUUGCCAACUUCCAGAAAUAUACUCUGUUUUAUAUGCACGUAGUUGGAGCCUGUCUAACAUUUGGAAUAGGAGCCAUUUACAUACUGGUUCAAACUAUUCUUUCCUACACGAUGCAGCCAAAACUUUUUUGGAUCCGAGUGAUUGUGUUACUCUGGUGUGGAUCAAGCAUAGCAAGCAUGUUUGUUUCUUCGGUCCUUUUGUACAGUGGCCUGUAUGGAACUGACCUAGUUCAGAAGCUGCACUGGAACUCACAGGAGAAAGGCUACAUAGUUCACAUCAUCAGCACAAUCUCCGAAUGGUCUCUGGCUUUCUCCUUCCUCAGCUUUUUCCUCACCUACAUCCGUGAUUUUCAGAAAAUUUCCUUGCGUGCAGAUAUCAGUUUAAGUGGACACAGCGUUUGCAAUACACCCAAUAGCUUUGUGGCUGAUGAACACACGCUGUUGAUUGGAGGACGUUUAUAACUAAGUGGGAGAGAAAACACUCUCAGCUUUUUAUAUCUCAGGAAUUUAGAAAGUAGCAACAAUACUAACAAUUUAUAUAAGUGUUUGUAUCAAAUUCCAUCCAAUUAAAGAGGAGACUAAAUGUAAUCACUUUGACACGUAAAGGGCUUUGCUAUUAACCCACAUAGCAAUGCAAAGGUGAUUAAUAAUCAGUAUUGUCAAUAACCUGUAAUACAUUUCUGCAUUUAUACAUUUUAUAGAAUGAAGAAUAAAAUGGAUAUUGGAAA